AUGGAAAGAACGCUCGACGACAGCGACUUGCAGAAUGGAAAAGAAGCCGCAGAUACAGCCCUAGCAAAGGAGAAAGUACCAUUGAGAAUAGAAGGACCGCUCAACGACGGUUACUUGCAGAAUGGAAGAGAAGUCGCAGUUACAGCCCUAGAUAUGGAUAGAGUGUCACUGAAAAUGGAAGGAAAGCCAUGGCAAGCGCAAGGGAUCCCCAACUAUUGCAAGCCUUUCUUCGACGACCGUCGUACGAAAGACGCCGACCUCCGGGGGCUUUGUCCCUUGUCUGUUGCCAUCGCCACCAGCCGCAUCCAAGACACCGCCGACCGCAUCCCCGGUUUAUUGAGCGCUGCAACAAAUCCAACAGAUAAGCAGAGGCUCGGCGUUUGCCAAACGGAUUACAGCACAGCUCUAGACAAGUUCAAGGGAGCAUUCAGUUCGGCGAGCAGCGAGGCUUAUAACGACGUCGUAAACUUGGUCAGGGAAGGAGCUAAUGCGGCCAUUGACUGUAACAAUGUGCACCGGAGAAGCCCGCCGAUAGGGCAGUCGCCGAUAUUCGAUGAUAAUUGGAAUGUUGCGAAGAUGGCAGGGAUUGUUUUUGCUGUCGUCCAAGCUAUUACAGUUGGGUUUUGA